AUGGGGGUUUUCAAGUCUAAAAACUCAAGUCAUUUGUCACCAAAAUCUAUACGUCUGCCUAGUGGGAGUAUUUUUGACUGUGGUCGAAAAGUACUAAUACAUGAGCCUGAAGACUUACGUUAUGUAUGUACUCGAUUAAAUAUCCCUGAAGAUGAAAAAUUUUUUAUUAUCACUAAGCAUGAUGGAGAGCGCUGCCUUAUUCCUAUAUUCUACCCACUGCAUCCCAACAUUCUAAACUACAAAACUUCAAAACAAUUUAUAACAUAUCAUUUGUGUGAGCAGCUUCACCUGAAAUGUAUCCAGUUGAGCAGUCCUCAGGAUUGCUCGGAUGUUAAGUUGGUCAACGAUUUCAUCAUAGCCAAUAAAAAUCAGUUGAAUACCAGUGAAGAAGACUCCAAAGCUCUGAAUGAACUUUUGAAUUCUGAAGAAAUGGUUACGCGCCUGUUGAGCGUACUCCUAAGUAUUCCAGAACUUACUACACACCUGGUACACGUGAAAGAUCAUAAAGGAAAAUUAUAUCAAAUUGAAAUUAGCAAAGAUGGAUUACGUAUUCAUCAAGAGUUUGUGGAAUCAUCAUCGACUCAGUUCACUUGGCAAGAUAUGGGUAACGCAAGUGCAAGUCGUUCAACUGUAACACUACCAGUUUACAUGACUGCUAACAAAGCUGAAAAGCUAGCCGAUUUUAUUGCCGUGAAAGGUGGUAAAAGUAAACAGUCAGGUAAACUUAAAAAGAAAAAGACGGAGGAUUCGAAAGCAAAUGUUGUCCAGCCACAUGGAGAUAAUGCAGACAAUACACCACAACAAUAUAAUCUGAAAUUUCGUUUAUCUGAUUCAAAAGCUGCUAAGAGAUUAGCAAUACAACUGUAUACAAUACACAAUACAAUCAUACAAACUUCCAGUGGUAGUAACAAUAGCAAUAAUAAUGCCGCUGUUACAACAAGACAAUGCAAUGAAGAGAAGUCAACCUCUGAAGCAUUGACACGAUUCAAUCGACAAUUCCGUGACACAUUUAGAUGUUUCUCAAGACCAUUUCUCUUGACGUCUAAAAGUUAUAAGUCUAAAAGACGUUCAACAAAAGGUUUAAAUGAUAAAGGUGAUGCAGCAGUGAAACAGGAGAGCAACACUGAAGGGAAUACAACUGUCCAGGUAGUACAGUCUUCCAUUUCCAGUCCAUCUGUUGUGACCAGUGAAACAACACCAGCUGUCAAUGUCACUACCCCGACUAGUAACAUAACACCAGUUUCCACAGGAAUCACAGAUGAUAAAAAGAUGUGGAAGUAUCCUGCGCAUACCACUCCUAUUGCUGCUGCUGGUGCUCCUACAUCGACAGUGUCUUCUAUGUCACACACAACAUUCACGUCACAUUCAAAAAUUGUUCAACCUAAUAUAAUACAAGCUAAUUAUGAAAAUGUGUCACCAGUUGUAAUAGAACCUGUUGAAGUGGCUGCUGCAGGUGAAGCACAAGCUGAAUUAGACGAACGUGAUGAACAAGUAUUACAUUCACUGCUUAUGAAUAAAGCUCCAACAAUUGUGUCUUCUGUACCAGUAAACAAUUUCUCAUACUCACUAUCACAUCAUACAUCAAUGACACCAGUUACAACACUGUCGUCGAGUACCUUUGUAAGUCAUUCACAGACAACCAGCAGUUCAUUUACAAAUCAAUCUACUACACCAGUAGUAUUAUCCUCAUUCAAUAAUACUUCACCGUAUACUGCUGUUAAUAAGUCAAACUCAACACUGCAUACUGAUCAGCCAGCUAGUUCUAUGCCUCCACAAUCACCAUCAACAAUAACUACCACAACAAUGAACAACAAUAAGCAGCAGCCUGAUAUGUCGAAACAAUCUGUAGAAGAAGUGAAGUCAAAGGUUGUUUCAUCAUCUAAUGUAUUCUCUUCUACAAUUAGCAGCAACACUACAACAAGUAAUCAUUCUUCAUCAUUGUUAAAUGGGUCGUUAACUCCUACUAAAAUAUCAGAACCAAGUUGUAUCCCUCCGAUUAGUCCGACUGUUCAACCGAAAUCGGAAACAACUACUGGGAUGACGAUACCCAAUACACAGAGCACAAAGUUAACUACUCCAGAACACAUCAGUGCGGUAACUGCAUCUACACCAUCUCCGCAACCAUUACCAACACAUUCAGUCAGUGUUGUUACAACUAACACUGAACCCUUGACAACUGUUAAUAAAAACAAUACACCGGAUGCCUACAAUACUGAUUCACAACCUGUACAAAAUGUUCAGCGUAAAAGUCAGCUGACAAGUUUAUAUGCUCCACAACCAUAUGAAGCUGUUACUGAUAAUAAAACACACUCAGCUAUGUCCACAUCCGAUUCAUUCCAGUCACGGAUUAAACCGCCUUCGAUUACAGUGAAAUCGUCAACAGAAUUAACUAAGCAGUUAAGCACACUGAAGAUGACUACGACAGCUGUUAAAAUUGAAGAGUCAACUAAUAAUUCAAAACAUGUAGAGAAUAAUAAUUCAACGCUGAAUACAUCAUUACAGUCAUCAGAAAAUAAUAAGAUAAAUAAUAUUACGAAUUCACCGAAUCCUCCUGUGUUAUGCUCUGCUUCAGUGAGUGUAAGUGGCAUUCGUCCACCCAGUGGUAUCAAGCCACCGUCUAUUACUCCAGAUAAAAUAAAAUCACUUAUUAACACCAGUAUUAAUGGUAAUGCUACUACUACUAAUGGACAUACAAAUUCUACUUUGAACACAUCAUUCACUUCUACAUACGAUAAAUCAAUAAGUAGAGUAGAACAGACACCUGAACCUUUAAAAAGAAAUGGUUCCACGUCAGAAGAUAAUUCACAGCAUCCACUAAAUAGCAGUGAUAGUAGCAAACUGCCUAAGCCAAUUAGUAAUACACCCUCACCGACUCCUGGAAGCUUCCAGUCGAAAAUUCGACCACCUGUAGUAGGCAAUUUGCCUACUAUGAAAUCUGGAAUACCUCCACCAUCUGUACUGCCACCAUCGAUCAGUCAAACUACAAUUGGACAAUCUCAUUUACCUGUACCGACGAAUACGACUAACAUUCCACUGCCUAGUGGAAUUAAACCACCGUCUCGUUCACCAAGAUCUGCUUUGGCUAAGUGAGUGAUGCAAAGCUGGUGGUAUCAUGUCUAUCGUUAAUGUUCACUGUCUGACUGUUCAUCAGAUGAAAUCUCAGUUACGUUCAGUGUCUGUUGUGAUUCGUUCAAAUAUAUAUAUAAAGUGUUGAUUUUCUCAUGUGCGCUGGACAGUUAACAUUAGUCUAUCAAAGAGCAAGUUGUUUUACAGCUACUACUCAUCAUC